UGCAUAUUGACAACUUUUGCCGUGAAGCCAAUAACCCAUUCACCUUCAUUAGCUUCAACGUUUUCCUUGGUAAUAGAUAGAUACACACUUAUUGAAGUUGACAUUUAAAUAAUGCAUUACAGGAUUUUUGCAGAUCAGACCAAUGUAUUUCUAUGUAUGUUGUACUCACUACUGGUUUAUCACUUUAAUGUGGACAGUCUUCUAUGCCAUCACCUUGUGUAAAUUAUUUUACGUUAUCAGCAGCGUUAUCGUUACAAGAGUUUAUGUAACUUCACUUCAUUGUAUUGAAAAUCUCUGCAUUAAUCUCGACAAUUACAGUGAAAUUUAUAUUCUCAACUAAAUCCUUAGAAAUAUUUAAGACGAAAUGGGUUCACACAUUUUCAAAACCUUUCCAAUUUUUGGAAAAUUUUAUAAUCAGUUCAGCCAGUCGCAACAAAGAUUCAAAUUUAAUACACUAUUUGCCAUAUUUUAUAAGCCUUUUGGGUUAUGGAGGGGGAAGAGCAUUUUCAAAGUCAAGAGUUUUUCCAUCCCUCUCAAAAAUAAGUUUUUAAUCGCCGGGUCUGCCACGCUUAUCACCUCCGCCACAAAAGACAUCCCCGGUUUCAUAGCAAUUAAUUUAGAGGACAACAAACCACGUGAAGAGAUAAACUUUAUUCAUUUGCUGCUCGAUUGCGUCAGCGAUAAUCGGACGAGCGAUGAAGAUUUCUCGAUUUUGAUUAAUUCUACCGGAAUCUCGAUGGCUCAACGAUUAAACAAUACGUCAGACUGGCCAAAUUUUAUUGACGAUUAUAAAAAUGUACGUGGAAUUUUGCUGAAUUGGGUGAAAGUGAAUGUCGAAGGGGUGGAAAGAUUUAGAAUUGUGGCGUUGAAAGCGUGCGCUGAAAGAUCAUUGACGUUAUUACGAAAGGAGCAGACUGAACAAACGCUGGAGGGGAUCAAAGAUUGGGUAGAAAUUAUAGCAGAGCUGGAUGGACUGCUCCAACGCCAGUAAACCCUUGUGUUCCUUGUUCCUCUGGGAGUUGGGAAUAAGUAACUGAAAUACUAAAAAUAAAUGAAGUGUACAAAAACCUACCAAUGAACUAAUCAUUUCAUCCAUAAUAGAAAUACUAUCAUGCCGAAGACUUAUAAUUAAAAAACGAAAAUUAUGCGACAUUUUUGAAAUACUUAGCAUGGAGUAAUUUUUGAAUUAAAAAAAGUAGGAGAUAUAUUUUAUAGAGCAUCAAAUAGAAUUUUGAUCAUCGAAAUAAGUCCAUGAUAGACACAUGCAAAUACAUGAGAAACCCGAUAUGGAAAUAUGGUGUUUAGUUUGAUUGCAAUAUGUCCUGUAGCUUAUAAUUCAACUUUUUAGAAUUUAAGAUCAUGCAAGUGCAUACGACGCUUCUCUAGACUGUAAUAAUUAUACGUUCUGUACAUUCACAAUUUCAUACAUACAUAAAUAGAAAGUAUUUAGAAAUCUGUGUAAAAUCUGUGUGCUACUAAAAAUUAUAUGCUCAAUAAAUAUUAAAAACAACUACAUAAAUUGUAAA